GAGGUAGGCAGGGUCCUGAGAGCCUGGCCCAAAGAGUGAUUGGAGCAAAAGGCCCAUCCUAGGGGCCUCAGGGGCUGGGCAUGGAGGGGCUCUUGAGACUGGGAGGAUCCUCCCAGAGUGGGCUGGCUCAAAGCAGGAACUCUGGGAGCUGAGAUCUCUUUGCCUUUUUGCCUUGUAGCUUAAGCUCACUCUGCCUUCCCUGGAGCUGAGAUCGCUCUGUGGCUGCAAGUCCUAGGUCAGCCUCCUGCCUAGGAAGAGAAGGCAAAGACCUCACCCCAUCCAGGACCCUUCUCCCUCCCCAGCUCAGUCUGCAGAGGACCCAGGACUGGCCAAAGCAGGGAACCUGGAGCCAGAGGGAAUGGCCCCUGGGAGCCACAGCCCCUCACCCCAGGAGUCGGUGACAUUCAAGGAUGUAGCUGUGGACUUCACCCAGGAGGAGUGGCGCCUCUUGGACCAUCCUCAGAAGUUGCUGUACAAGGAGGUCAUGCUGGAGAAUGCCCAGAACCUGCUCUCCCUGGGGCUUCCAGUUCCCAGAGAAGAUGUGGUCUCUUAUUUUGAGCAAAGGGAAGCACCGUGGAUGCUGGAGCAAGAAGGCCUGAAGAGCUGCUGUCCAGAAAGAGAGAUCAGACUUGAAAUGAAAGAGAUGCCUGCAAAGUUAAGCCUUUCUGUGGAAGGAACUCACAAGCAAAGAUUCAGGAGUGAUGGUCCCUGUGACUUCACUUGGAGAGAAAUCUGUGCUGUACAUCAGAGAAUCUAUACUGGGGAGAAACCUUAUGAAUGUAUUCAGUGUGAUAAAGCCUUCAGUCAGCAGUCAUUCCUUAUUUACCAUCAAAAAAUUCAGACUGGAGAGAAACCACAUGAGUGUCAUGAAUGUGACCAAGCUUUUAGUGAACACUCAUCCCUUAUAAUACAGCAGAGAAUUCGCACCAGAAAGAAAUCUUAUGAAUGUAAUCAAUGUGGAAAGACUUUCAGAUUUAGGAACAAUAUUGCUGUACAUGAGAGAAUCCACACUGGAGAGAAACCUUAUGAAUGUAAUCAAUGUGGAAAGGCUUUUACACAAAGAGGCGGUCUUACUGUACAUCAGAGAACCCACACGGGAGAGAAACGUUAUGAAUGUAAUCAAUGUGGAAAGACUUUCAGAUGUAGCUCCAGUCUUCCUGUACAUCAGAGAACCCACACUGGAGAGAAACUUUAUGAAUGUAAUCUAUGUGGAAAGACUUUUACACAGAAAGGUGGUCUUACUGUACAUCAGAGAACUCACACUGGAGAGAAACGUUAUGAAUGCAAUCAAUGUGGAAAGACUUUCAGAUACAGCUCUAGUCUUCCUGUACAUCAGAGAGUCCACACUGGAGAGAAACCUUAUGAAUGUAAUCAAUGUGGAAAGGGUUUCAGAUCCAGCUCCAGUCUUACUCAGCAUUGGAGAAUCCACACUGGAGAGAAACCAUAUGAAUGUAAUCAGUGUGGAAAGACUUUCAUAAAGAGGGCCAGUCUUACUUUGCAUUGCAGAAUCCACACUGGGGAGAAACCUUAUGAAUGCAAUCAAUGCGGCAAGACUUUUGGAUGCAGUACCAGGCUUGCUCUACAUGAGAGAAUCCACACUGGAGAGAAGCCUUAUGAAUGUAAUCAGUGUGGAAAGGCUUUUACACAGAGGGCCAGUCUUGCUUUACAUGAGAGAAUCCAUACAGGGGAGAAACCUUAUAAAUGUUAUCAAUGUGGAAAGGGUUUCAGAUCCAGCACCAAUCUUGCUGUACACCAUAGAAUCCACACUGGAGAGAAACCUUAUCAAUGUAAUCAUUGUGGAAAGACUUUUACCGAAAGGAGCAGUUAUACUGUACAUCAGAGAACCCACACUAAAGAGAAACCUUAUAAAUGUAAUCAAUGUGGAAAGGCUUUCACGCAGAGGGCCAGUCUUGAUCAUCAUCAGAGAAUCCACACUGGAGAGAAACCAUAUGAAUGCAAUCAAUGUGAAAAGACUUUCAGAUACAGCUCCAGUCUUACUGUACACCAGAGAAUCCACACUGGAGAGAAACGUUAUGAAUGCAGUCAAUGUGGAAAGACUUUUACAGAGAGGAGCAGUUUUACUGUACAUCAGAGAACCCACACUGGAGAGAAACCUUUUGAAUGUAUUCAAUGUGGAAAGACAUUCAGAACCAGAUCUGGCCUUGCUGUACAUCAGAGAAACCACACUGGGGAAAAACCUUAUAAAUGUGAUCAGUGUGGAAAGGCUUACCCUCAGAGGGCCAGUCUUGAUCAUCAUCAGAGAAUCCACACUGGAGAGAAACCUUAUGAAUGUAAUCAAUGUGGAAAGACUUUCACAUGCCGCUCCAGUCUUACUGUACACCAGAGAAUCCACACUGGAGAGAAACCUUAUAAGUGUAAUCAAUGUGGAAAAACUUUUAGAUGUAGUUCCAGUCUUCCUGUACAUCAGAGAAUCCACAAUGGAGAGAAACCUUAUGAAUGUAAUCAAUGUAGAAAGACUUUUACACAGAGGGCUGGUCUUACUGUACAUCAGAGAAUCCACACUAGAGAAAAACCUUAGGAAUGUAAUCAAUGUGGAAAAAACCAUCCGAAAGAAAGAACCUUGCUGAACAUCAGAGAAUCCACACUGGACAACAACUUUAGGAAUGUAGUCAAUGUGGAAAAACUUUCAGAUGUAGUUCCAGUGUUCCUGUACAUCAGAGAUUUCACAAUGGAGAGAAAUCUUAUGAAUGUAAUCCAUGUAGAAUGGCUUUCACACAGUGGGCUGGUCUUAUUAUACAUCAGAUAAUCCACACUGGAGAGAAUUUUGGGAAUGUAAUCAAUGUGGUCAAGGCUUCAGGAAAAAGUCAGCCCUUAUUUCCCAUCAGAGAAUUCAUAAGUGAUAGAAAUCUCUUUUUAAAUAGUAUUUUAUUUUUUCCAAUUAUAUGUAAAGAC